AUGGCAAAGUAUUGUUUAAGUGAGUUUUUUUUGGGAAUUUCAAAUAUUGUGAAUGGUUGUAUUUGUUUCAGAGAAAGCUAGCAAACGGGUCAGUUGUGCAAAGAGGUAUAAAAUCGAGAAGAAAGUUCGUGAACAUAACAAAAAGGAGAAACGAAACGCCAAAAAGAAUGGGACAGGAAAAGCCAAGAAAGAGAAAUCAAUCUCUGUUCCAAACUCAUGUCCAUUCAAAGAAGAAAUUCUGAUUCAAGCAGAACAAGAAAGGGAGAAGAUUCGAAUUCGACAAGAAGCAGCCAAGGAAGCGUCUCGAAUUCAAAAAGUUGAGAAAAGAAAAAUGAAUCUUCCCGCAAAUUUCGAAGGAAUGGUUGAAAAAGCAGCCAAACAGGGAACAGAUUUCGAGAAAAAACAAGAAAAUCUCAAUUUGGAAAAUGCGAAUACAAUGGAUGACCGAACUAUCAAAGCAUAUGCAAGUGAAGUUAGGAAAACUAUCGAUAUUGCUGAUGUGAUUAUUCAAGUUCUUGACGCCAGAGAUCCUCUUGGUUCUCGUAGUAAAUCAGUCGAAGAACAAGUCUUGAAAGGUGGUAAACGUCUCAUUCUUUUGCUCAAUAAAAUCGAUCUUGUUCCACGGGAAAAUGUUCAAAAAUGGUUGGAAUAUUUGAGAGGACAAUUCCCAACAAUCGCCUUCAAAGCAAGCACUCAAGAACAAAAAUCGAAUAUUGGACGAUUCAAUAGCUCGAUUUUGAAUAAUACUGAAACUUCGAAAUGUGUUGGAGCGGAUAUUGUUAUGAAGAUUUUGGGAAAUUAUUGUAGAAACAAAGAUAUUAAGACUAGCAUUCGUGUUGGAGUUGUCGGAUUUCCAAACGUUGGAAAAAGCAGUGUCAUCAACAGUUUGAAACGUAAAAGAGCGUGUAAUGUUGGAAAUCUUCCAGGAAUCACCAAGUAAGCCAUUUUUUAAUGAUAAAUCACAUCAAAAUGUUUUCAGAGAGCUCCAAGAGGUUGAACUCGACAAAAACAUUCGACUCAUCGACUCACCGGGAGUUGUUUUGGUCAGUCAGAAAGAUUUGGAUCCGAUUGAGGUGGCGUUGAAGAAUGCGAUUCGUGUCGAUAAUUUGUUGGAUCCAAUUGCGCCGGUUCACGCGAUUCUUCGUCGUUGCAGCAAAGAGACUGUGAGUUGGCCGGGAAUUUCGAAAUUUCACGCUAAAAUUCCUGAGAUUUUUAAUGAAAUAUAUGAUUUCUUGUAGUUUUCGACACGCUGAUCACGGUUCCGCUGUCUAAAACUGCAAAGCUCAACUUCUAACAUGAGUUAUGACGUGGCAAAUUUGGGACUUUCAGAACUAGCCUUCAAAAUGAUUUUCAUGAAAAUCUAAUAGCCUAGGGUUGUUCAGGAAGAUCGAUUACAUAAGUAAAUUUCAAUUUUUCAAUUUGUGGUUAGCUUUGAAAUUUUUUUUGUUUUAGGAAUUCACGGGAUCGAAAAAUCUUUAGAUUUUUGUAUAUUUCAAAGUUGAUUACAAAUUGAAAAAUUGAAAUUUACUUAUGUAAUCGACCUUCCUGAACAACCCUAUGCUAUUAGAUUUUCAUGAAAAUCCUCGGUCAGAAAACGGCGGGGUCGCUACCGAUCGGAGCGGAGUCGCUACACAUUUUUUGUUCCCCGAAACGUGUAGCGACUCCGCCCCGAUUGGUAGCGACCCCGCCGUUUUCUGACCGAGUCAUUCUAAAGGCGAAUUCUGAAAGUUCCAAAUUUUCCAACUUUGCCACGUCAUAACUCAUGUUAGGAGUUGAGUUUUGCAGUUUUAGACAACGGAAUCGUGAUCAGUGUGUCGAAAACUACUAGAAAAACAUAUGUUUCAUUAAAAAUACCCCCGCGUUUCCAGCUCAUGCUCCACUACACUCUAGCCGACUUCAAUUCAGUCGAUCAAUUCUUGGCUCAACUCGCAAGACGAAUCGGAAAACUUCGUCGUGGCGCUCGACCGGAUAUGAAUGCGGCUGCAAAACGCGUGUUGAAUGAUUGGAAUACGGGAAAAUUGAGAUAUUAUACACAUCCACCAGAGCAAGGGUAAGGAUUGAGUAAUCUAUGAAUCCACGUGGAUUUUUUCGGCUUUGAAUGACCGAAAAUGUUCAAAUAUUGAUGAAUGAAACUCAAAAUGCACUUACUUAAUUUACAAAAAUUGAAUUUGAAAUUUAUGUUCAACUUCAAUUUUUUGUGAAUUAAGUAAGUGCAUUUUGAGUUUCAUUCAUUAAUAUUUUGAAAAAUGACUGAAAUUCACUAUUUUCAUUGCUGAAAAUCCAAUUUUCCAUCUGAAACUCAGAAUUUCAGCUGGAAAAUUGGAUUUUUGGCAGGGACGCGGAAGCUAUGCCCAAAUUUUGAAUUUUUUCCAGCUCCGCAAAAGACGAAAACAUUGUGCCAGCCGAAAUCGUCAGCCAAUUCAGUCAAGAAUUCGACAUCGACACAAUUGCGGAAGAGCAAAAACAAAUUGUUGAAGGACUUCCGAUGGAAAGUGAUAUUAUUGCACCACACAAUUCGAACGAUGAAGAAGAAGAAGAAGAUGAUGAAGACAUGGAAACUGAAGGAAAUACAAAGAAAAAGCAAAAACAGACUGUUGAAAGUGGAAGAAAAGUGAAGAUUGUGCGAAUGGAUGAUGUGAAACCGGGAUUGCCGGAAAAGUGAGUUUUUUCGGCUGAAAAUUUUGGAUUUUUCAUGAAUUUUGUACUAUUUAGCCUAGCAAUUGAUGGAAAUGUACAAUUGAACAAAUUGAUCAAAAAUGCAGUGAAAAAGAAUAAGAAGAAGGCGAAAAAGACUGGUAAGUUCUUUUUUUGAACUUGGGAAAAUUUGAAUUUUGAAAGAUUGGCGCUUGUAUCUACCAAAACUGCGUCAGCAAUAUUCAAAUAUAGUGCUGGCGUAUAUUUUGUAGCUGUAGAAAAAAAUCUCGAGAAUUAUUGAAAUGUAGUGUUGACGCAUAUUUUGUAGCUACCAAAAUUGCGUCAGCAAUGUUUAAAUCUAGUGUUGACAUCAUUUUUGUAGCUAGAAAAGUUGCGUCAGCAAUAUUCAAAUAUAGUGCUGACGUAUAUUUUGUACCUACAAAAAUUGCGUCAGCAAUAUUCAAACAUAGUGCUGACACAAAUUUUGUAGCUGUAGAAAAAAAUCUCGUUAAUUAUUUAAAUCUAGUGCUGACGUAUAUUUUGUAGCUGCAGAAGUUGCGUCAGCCAAAAAUUCAGUCUUGACGCCAUUUUUGUAGCUAGAAAAUGCGUCAGCAAGAUUCAAAAAUAGUGUUGACGUAUAUUUUGUAGCUACAGAAGGCGCGUCAGCAAUAUUUCAAUAUAGUGCUGACGUAUAUUUUGUAGCUACAGAAGGCGCGUCAGCAAUAUUAAAGAAUAGUGUUGACGUCAUUUUUGUAGCUAUGAAUUGCUAUCCUUUUCCACGUGGCAUUUUGAAAAAAAAACCUCAAAAAUUCACGUGGAUUAACAAUUUUUCACAAAAUAAAAUAUUUGUAAUCAAAUUUUGCCACGUGGCAUUUUUCCCGCUAAAAAACCCGAUUAAAAAAAAAUAACCCGAUUUUUUGCAGCUCAACGUUCGGACAAAUUGGCCGAUUCACUUGGAAAUCUGUUAGGCGGCGAUGCGAUGGAAGAAUAA